UGAAAACCUCAGCUACACUCAACUAGCCACCAGGAAUUCGUUUGAAAACAUGGCAACUGUGCUAACUUCUGUGACAGCCGCUCAACGGCUAGACUCCCGCGGUAAACCUACCGUCCAGGUCGACGUCGAGACCUCCGAUGGGAAAUUUCGCGCCAUUGUGCCGUCGGGGGCGUCGAAGGGCGAUUACGAAGCCGUCGAGCGACGAGACGGCGGGAAGGCGUUCGGAGGAAACGGCGUCCUCGAAGCGGUGCAGAAUGUCAAGGAAGUCAUUGGCCCCGCGCUCAUCGCCAAAGGGUUUGACCUGAAGGCGGGCCUGAAAGAGAUAGACAGCUUCAUGAUCGACCUGGACGGGUCCUCGGACAAGAGCAAUUUGGGUGCCAAUGCCAUCCUCGGGGUCAGUCUGGCUUGUGCUAGGGCAUGUGCGGCAGCAAAUGGGAUCCCGUUGUACGAGUUUCUGGCGCGCGAAACUCAAUCACGCCGGCAGGACUUCGUCCUUCCCGUACCGUUCUUGAACGUGCUCAAUGGAGGGGUCCAUUCCGGGAACCCGAUGGCGUUUCAAGAAUUCAUGAUUGCACCGGUGGGAGCCGCCUCCUUCGCCCAAGGCAUCCAAUGGGCGGCUGAGGUAUAUCAAGAGCUGAAGGCAAUCAUCACCAAGACGUUCGGCAAGGCUGCCAUCGGCAUUGGCGACGAAGGCGGUUUCGCGCCGCCCAUCUCGAAGCCUCACGAAGCCUUGGAUCUCAUCACGGAGGCUAUCAAAGCCGCCGGAUACGAGGGACUUUUCAAAAUCGGGAUCGAUCCCGCCUCGAGCGAGUUUUUCCACGACGGCCAAUAUGACUUGGGCUUUAAAUCAAGCGAGCCUCAGAAACUGUCCAGGGCACAGCUGACAGACUUGUAUCAGGGUCUGGUCGGGAAAUAUCCAAUUGCGCUUUUGGAAGACCCCUUUGCCCAAGACGACUGGGACUCCUGGAGCGCCUUCAACCAGAUCUGCAAGGUCAGCAACGUCGAACUGGUGGGCGACGAUCUCCUGGCCACGAAUAUCCGGCGGAUCGAAAAGGCCUCCCAGGCCGACGCCUGUAACUCUCUGCUCCUAAAGGUGAACCAGAUCGGGACCGUGAGCGAGGCCAUCGCCGCCGCAGAAAAGGCGUUCAAGCUCGGCUGGUCUGUCUUUGUGUCUCAUCGCUCCGGGGAAACGACGGACGACUUCAUAGCGGAUCUGACGGUGGCGAUUGGCUGCGGCCACUUGAAGUCUGGUGCGCCGUGUCGGGGCGAACGAGUGGCCAAAUACAAUCGCCUGAUGGAUAUCGAAGAGGAGCUGGCGGCGAAGAAGAUUGCCUCUUCAUAUGCCGGAGAGGCAUUCAGGUAUGCUCACGCCAAUGCCGGAAGCUGAGUUUCCAACGCUAUAGAGCCGGGAUGAUGGGUUAGAAUGCCUUCGGCCGUCUUGAUCAUAUUACACUUGUUGUGCUAGAACAGGGAACAGUGAGCCGCAUAGGAUCUAUUGUCAACCCCGUGUCAUUUCCUGCCCCUGUGUCUCCAGACGCGCCCUCGA